GGAAGCACCAGCCGCUCUCUGUGAGCGGAGCGCUGCCGCUGAGACGUCCUCCCCGCCUCCCCCUCCUCCCCUCCUCAGCAGCAACGGCCAUCUGCCGCCUCUCUCUUUUUUUUUUUUUUUUUAAUUUCAAACCGAGCAGAUUAUUCUCCCACAGACUUCUAGCUUCACUUGACACAAGCGAAACAGACGUCUCAGCGAGAGCAGCUGCGCAGAAAAAGCGGGCAGCAGAAAAAAAAAAAAUAAUAAUAAAGCGCGCUCUCUCCGCAUAUUGCGCUCAGCCAACAAGAGGAGACGGGGACGUUUGCAUGCAGGUCCGUCUGCGGAGACAGACAGACUGCAGGCUCAGAAAGACGAAGCGGAUUUGAAUUAAGCACCGGAUAACAGACAGCAACUGUGCAUCUUUCAGCGAGGGAGGGAGAGGGAGGGAGGCAACUGUUUUGUAUCUUGGAAGCCCUGGGUUAGGAAGAGAGAGGAGGGGAGGAGGAGGAGGAGCGGAGAAUGAGCUAUUCUUGUACCAGCAGGGGCAACAGCCAGGACCCAUCAAGCGCUAAGAAGCCUGCCGGUGAUAAUCCGGGCAGAGACGCCGGAGGCACAGACGGCAGCGCAGACAGCGGCAGUAACGGCAGCCCGAAGCAAACGGCGGCGAUGAAAGUGAAGAAAGGAUGCAACUCGACCGACGUCGGGGUCCCGGUGACCACGGAGGAGGACCUGCUCGGCAGCGCGGUCAUCACUCCGGAGGAUGUUCUGGGUUUACAGAAGAUCACAGAGAAUUAUCUCUGUAGCCCAGAUGAGAACGUUUACAACAUCGACUUCACCAGGUUCAAGAUCAGAGACAUGGAGACCGGCACAGUGCUGUUUGAAAUCACCAAACCUCCAUCCACAGAUAAAGCAGGGGAAAAGAGGGAUAUCGAUCCAAAUGCUGGCCGGUUUGUCCGUUACCAGUUUACCCCGGCUUUCCUCCGGCUGCGGCAAGUUGGAGCCACCGUUGAGUUCACAGUCGGAGACAUGCCCAUAGAAAACUUCAGGAUGAUCGAGAGACAUUAUUUUAGAGAGAAGUUGCUCAAGAGUUUUGACUUUGAGUUUGGCUUCUGCAUGCCCAGUAGCAAGAACACCUGUGAACACAUCUAUGAAUUCCCACCUCUGUCCGAAGACAUCAUCAGAGAAAUGAUCCUGCACCCGUACGAGACGCAGUCCGACAGCUUCUACUUUGUGGACAAUAAACUGGUGAUGCACAACAAGGCAGACUAUUCGUACAACGGCGGGACAUAGAAACGACAAACAAACACGAGAGACAGGUGGAUGUAUGGACUAACCUGAGGGACGAUCAGAGUAUACUGGUGGGGUUAACAUCCUGUCAAUCCAGUAGUCUCUCUCUCUUUCUCUCUCUCUCUUUCUCUAUCUCUUUCUCCUGCUGAGAGGACGCCAUCCAGUAAACGCCCAUACAGAUGUGUCAGUUACAAUCUGUGUGUGUGACUGUGUGUGUAACCAUGUGUAAGUUUGUCAAAGCCUAAAAUGGAGGCCACAUACACACAAACACACACGUGUGUUUUGUAACAUGAUCAAACCAGCAAGUGAGCAACUUUUUAGGAAAUAUCAGAUGGUUUUCGCGCUCUAGCCACAUCGUGAAGUUAAAAAAGAAAAAAACUCUGUAUCUUCAAAUAUGGAUAGAAAUUAUUUUUUUCAUUCCUGUACAUGUUAGGGGUUUAGAAACAGAUCUUGCAUCUAAAAACGUGUGUUUUUAGGACUAAAAUAACAGUUUUGGGGGAAUUAUUUCUCAGAUUCAGUGAGUGUGUGUGUGUGUACACUUGCUUUUUGGAGUGUGUGUGUGUGUGUGUGUGUUUCUGUACUUUGUAUGACUGUCUGUACCAUGUGUGUCUGUAAGUGUGUCAGUUUUAAGCAUGAUUACCGGUCUGGUAGAAAUAUAUUAAUUUAAAUGUCAGUAAUGUAGUCAUCUGGUUUAAAAAGGUCAAAUAGAUUUCCAAAACCUGUUAGCACAUUUUCUACACAGUAGACAGUAGUUAGUCAUUUUGAAUUUAACAGACCUAUCUCCUGUUCCUUAUUUAUUUAUGAAGUUGUGUGACCUGUAUUGACCGUAGGGCGUAUGUGUUUACUGUCUUUGCUCAAAGCACAACAUCUCUACAGAGCCAACAAUAAGCAAACAGUGAGCUGAGCUGAUCUCACCAUAAACCCACUCAUCUGUGUACUUUUCCAGCCUCAUGUUGCUCUGUUUAGGUGAUAAAGAAGUCGUUAAAAACUUUAAGUUGCACCCAAUUCGUCCAAGUUAAAGUUUUGCUGUUUGAGAAACUCUUCAUAAGAGAAGAAAUGGAAAACUUGGAUUUAUAAAUGUUGAUAUUUUUCAGUCAGAAAGGAGGAUGAUUGGGGAAUGUAGCAGAAGUCUUUUAAAGAACAAAUCACUCUUCAAUCUCAUAUAUAAUAUAUUAUUUUUUUCAGUGUAAUGUAAUCUUUCUUUUUCUGCAGCAGCUCUUGUCUUUUAUGUCCAUUUUCUCAUCUUUUGUGUUGUGUCUCAUACAUUUCUCUCUCAUCAUUCUAGUCAGUUAGGACCUGAGUGUGUCGAUCUGUUAUUUGAGGGCAUUUUUUACACAGAUCACACAAAAAAAAUAGUAACUGAACUGUCCUGGGAUUGCCUCUAAAUUGUAAUAUGCACUCUUUGCUUUCUCUCUGUCUGUGUUGAGACACAACCUGACUCAAAUAGCAUCCAAAAAGUUUGAAUUUUUGUCUUUUUCCCCAGCGCAUCUGUACAUGCUGUCUGAUUUGAUGCACUUGAAAAUCAGUUUAGUUUCUUAAGUUAUUCUACUUGACGCUCUUCUUAUUGCAGUUAACUCCACCCAUCUGUUACACCAAGCGUGUUAAAACAAACACUGCAAAUCAUUUACCAAAAAAAUCUGUACUACUAACAUACCUGGCUGAAGGGAAAUUACUUGAAUGCACCUGUUUGAUUCAGAUUGUCAUUGGCUGAUGAAGAUCUGGAUCACUUCAGUUUUUUUUGGGCCCAUACACUGAUUGUGAGAUGGACAGGAGGGGAUUCAGAUUGGCUCAGAUUGACUUGAAUGUUAUGUCAAAAAUGUAACACAGAUACGUAGAGACGAUUUAUUUAUGACUGAUUGUGACUCAUGUACAAAUUAUUUUGAACUGAUGUUAAGUUUUUGACAAUUCAAAUGUUGGUGUGACUGAACAAAAGUAAAAUAAAUAAAGAUUUAUGGGAUUUUUUGAAAUA